UUUCCCACACCAUUGUGACAGCCAAACAUGGAAGAUCGCGCGCGCAUACCCGUCAGCCCUCCCGUGGCUGAUCCAGUACCGUCCUACUGGCAUGACCCAGAAUCAUCCCUUACAAACAUUAACCAUGGUCAAGAUGAUUCUCACGAGCCCUACGACUAUGUCAUUAUUGGUUCAGGUAUCUCAGGAACCAUGAUCGCCUACAACCUGCUCAAGAAAAACCCCAAGUAUCGCAUCAUGAUGCUAGAAGCGCGCGAAAUCUGUAGUGGAGCUACAGGUCGCAAUGGAGGCCACACGAAAGCAGCAAGCUAUCGAUCCUACUUGCAACACGCCGAAGAGCUGGGAAAAGAGGAGGCGUUGAAGAUCGCAAGGCUGGAGUAUGACAACAUUGUUGAGACGCAUCGACUGGCGGAAGAGUUGGGGAUCGAUUGUGAGAAUAAAUUGUGUAAGACUGUAGACAUCAUAUACGACAAGCCCACAUUUGAGCUUGGGAAGAUGGCAAUCCAAGCGUUACGUGCAGAUGUGCAGGAUGAAGAGAAGGAAGCAGGGAAGAUGGCUUGGUAUAACAUCCGUGAGAACAUCGAGACCGUGAGCGAGCACUUCAGAGUCAGCGCUAAAAACGAGAACCCAGUAGUUGAAGACAAGGAAACGGUAGCCGGCGCGUUCGAGUACAUCGCCGGCAGAGUGCAUGCGUACCGCUUCACCACAGGCGUGCUAGCAGAGUGCAUCAAGAUGGGCCUACAAAUCUGCACCAACACACCAGUCCUGGAAAUCGAGCCUUCGAGGGACAUUGCCGACUUCUUAUGGGAUAUAAGCACACAGAACGAUACAUUCAUAGCGCGAAACUUGAUUCUGGCGACGAACGGGUACACUCCUUUCCUCGAACGUUCACUGCAGGGUGCGAUCGUUCCGUUGCGAGGGCAAAUCACAGCUCAGAAAUCAGGAAAAGCAUCAAAAUUGUCAGUACCAUUACCCACUACGUUUUCCUUCAUCUACAAAAGCGGGUAUGAGUACAUGAUACCCCGACCGCUUCCGGGCGGCGGCCAGCAUAUCGUUAUUGGCGGCGGUCUCGGCCGUCUACCAGAGGCAGGAGCAAGUGAAUUCGGUACUGUCGACGACAGCUCGCUCAACCCAGAAAUCUCAAAGUACCUCCAUGGCAGCCUUGCUGGCUACUUCGGCUCUACCAAUUGGGGCGAGAUCAGUAACGAAGAGGCUUCGAACCGAGUCGUUCAGGAGUGGACAGGGAUAAUGGGCGCAACAGCAGACGGAAGGCCUUUCGUGGGCAAGGUCCCAGGAAAGAUGGAUUACCGAAACCUUCCCGAAUAUGACGGGCCUAAAGAAGAUGUCCCUCUCAGGAACUUGUGGAUAUCAGCAGGCUUCAACGGACACGGGAUGGUACUGUGUCUGAAGUCGGCAGAGGCCCUGGUCAAAAUGAUCGAGAACGAUGGAAUGGGUUGGACUAAUGAUGGACCGGGUAAUGUGGAUGGGUUGGACUGGUUUCCAAAGAGCUUUCUCAUCAGUGAAGAUCGACUUAAGCGGUGCCAGUUCAAGGGAAGGACGGAUCUGCUGCCGAAAGAGUGAUCUGCCGGGAGGCCAAUCAUAGUUUCAGUUCGUUGACCAUAGCCUCCCCUAUCGAUCCAGCAAGCAGGUUCUGCACCGAUUCAGCGACCAUCUGCUCUCGUG